GUGCAUCGCGAAAUGGCAUACCGCAGCAGUCAUACUGAGGAACAGAUUUCUCAGGAGACCUUUGAGGUCAUCCAAGACCUCUUGCGUCGAGGUCAGCUGCAGAGUGUAGUGUCGCGAGUUCAGGAUGAGAUUGAUGCACAAGCUGAUGCGUCUUGGGAACCCACGACGCAUGGAGCCAUGCAUGAUGGUUCGAAGCGCCGUUUGAUCGCAGGAGAGAGCUCAGGUGACCAUGGUUUUGAACUUGUGAGUGCCGCCUGUGUCCCUAUGCCGUCUUCUUCACCAGGACUACAUGGCCAGAACGCUGCGCCAAUGAGUGUGAAUGUGCAACACCCAAUUCCUCCAAUGCAAGACAAGGGAAAGCCGGCGGCAGUCGCGUUGCCUCCUGGCAUCAGCUCCAUUGCUGAGUGGGGCGCUACCAUUUGCACACUUCCCAAGGUGAAGGGCCGCAAGAUCCGCUACCAAGAGAUGCUCGACGAAAGUCGUUCGUCUAAGGAGAUGUCCGAGUAUCUGCAGUGGAUCAAGACCUCAGGCGUCAAGUCAGCCAAGGUCGACGACCUGAAGGCAUUCAUGAGUGCUGCUGGGUUCAAUCCUGAAAGUGUGUCAGGUGGUCACAUCACCUAUCCUGGCACCACGAUCCAGCGCGAAUUUUAG